AUGAGACAAGAGGACGUGGCGGACAUGCUGAGCUCGUUCUUCACUCACGCGGCAACCUCGCAGGGAAUCUCGCUCACGAGUCUCAAGAGCGCGUGUAGGAGGUUGGGGAUCGCUCGCUGGCCUUACAUGAGAUCGGGUAGCAGCCGCCUCAGAUCUGGUGCUUCCUCCCCCACAGACUCUGAUCUCACAGAGACGAGUGCGUCCAUGCCGAGCAUGAACGAAGUCAGCUGCAUGCACAGCUCGAUCGAGGAGAGUUGCGAGGUUCACUCCCACGUCAUUCCUAGCAGCGCAGAGGACGUGGAGGAGAGAGGCAGCUCUAGCAGUGCGGACGACAGUCAUGUAGGGCUCGAGCCGACUGAGGAUCAGCUGUGUGAGCCCUCGAUAGCCACCGUAAGCUCGUUGGCGCCGAGUCUUGACUUGUUCGAAGGGGAGGAGGUGCCACUGGAGGAGAGCUGGAUGACUUGGUUUGUGUACGAGAACGAGGAGAAGAAGGUGGAGCUGUGA